UUUUUGCUGAAAGCUAAAACGAGUCAGUGUUGUGAAGAACAGAGAAGGACAAAUUAUAUCAGGAUUUUUGUGUAUUUCUGAAUUAACCCAGAUAAGAUUUUGAUUGUAAUGAUUAUUUACUUUUCAAACCAAAGUUCAGAAAGUGAAAGUAAAUUGUAGAUCACUGGAUCUUUUACAAGACGAGGAAAUGGAUUCAAAAUCUGUGGAAGAGCUUUCUUGUCCUGUUUGCUGUGAAAUCUUCAAGGUUCCUGUUAUUCUGUCCUGUAGUCACAGUAUUUGUAAAGAGUGUCUACAACAGUUCUGGAAAACUAAGGAUUCUCAUGAGUGUCCUGUCUGCAGGAGAUCCUCAAAAUAUGAACCUCCAAUUAAUCUAGCGUUAAAAAACUUGUGUGAUUCAUUGAUAAAGGAGGGAAAUGAGGAGAUCUGCAGCUUACACACUGAGAAACUCAAACUCUUCUGUCUGGAGGACAAACAGCCUGUGUGUUUAGUGUGCAGAGACUCAGAGAAACACGCCAAUCACACAUUCAGACCCAUCAGUGAAGUGCUUUCAUCCUACAAGGAGGAAUUUAAUACAGCACUGACAUCCUUACAAACCAAGCUCGAACAUGGAGAACAAAUGAAAGCAAAGGUUGAUGGAAUGAAUGAACACAUCAAGUCUCAAGCUGAGCAAACAGAGCGUCAGAUUAAAGAAGAGUUUGAGAAGCUUCAUCAGUUUCUCAGAGAUGAAGAAGAAGCUACAAUCACUGCACUGAGGGAGGAAGAGGAGCAGAAGAAGCAGAAGAUGAAGGAGAAGCUGGAGGAGAUGAACAGAAACAUCUCAUCUCUUUCACACACAAUCAAAGACAUGGAGGAGAUGAUGAAAGCCAAUGACGUCUCGUUUCUAAAGAACUUUACCAUCACAAUGGAAAGAGUCCAGAUCUCACAGCCGGAUCCAGAGAUGAGUUCUGGAGCUUUGAUUCAUGUGUCACAUUACCUGGGUAACCUGUCGUUCAGAGUCUGGAAGAAGAUGAUGGAAACUGUCCAACACACUCCGUUGACUCUAGAUCCAAACACAGCAUAUCCAUGUCUCACACUCUCUACUGAUCUGACCAGUGUGUCGUACAGUGGUAAAGGUAAAAAGUGUCCUGAUAAUCCAGAGAGGUUUAACUGGUAUGCAUGUGUUCUGAGUUCGGAGGGCUUUAACUCAGGAACACACUGCUGGGAUGUGGAGGUUGGUGACAAUACAUACUGGAGUCUUGGAAUAACCACAGCAUCAAACCAAAGGAAGAGAUACGUUUUCUUUGACUCUAACGUCUGGCGUGUGCGGUACAUGAAUAGCAAAUACAGCUCAGAAUCCCCAGAGCAACCCUGGACUGCCUUUACUGUUAAGAAGAAGCUUCAGCGUGUGAGAGUACAUCUGGACUAUGACGGAGGAACAGUGUCAUUCUCUAAUCCUAUAACCAAAAACUGUCUGCGCACAUUCAGGACAUCCUUCACAGAGACUGUCUUUCCAUUCUUAUUUAAUCACUGCACAACUUCCCCUCUGAGGAUUUUACCAGUUAAAGUGUUUGUAACAGCAGAAAAUCACAGUUAAAUAUGAGUGAGUGAGGCUGCAGCACUGGAUUCUGCAGUCAGGUGCAGCUGCUCCAGAGAUUAGGCUUGUUUGACUUCAUGCAGCGCUGCGCAGAGAGAUCGACGGCUGACUUGAAGCAGUGCAUGCUGGUUAGAAAUUUUGUCUGACCUGAGACAGCGCCAACGCCACGUGACUGUGACUUAUAGCUUCAAAGUACCGCGAGAGCAAUUCGAGAGCAGCUGCACAAGCUCUGAUGACACAGCUGUUACACGAUUGGCCGGAUUGACCACAUGACAGCGAUCACGUGUGUUUCGUGUUUAUUGUCACACCUUCAGUUCCACUAAUGCUCACAAAUCUGUAUUUUUAUUAUAGUUAAAGCUCUUUUCAUGUAGUUUUAUAUUGAUUUAUAUUGUUUCUUGUUUAUUAAAAUAAAACUGAUAAAAACAUAGACCCCACUUUGGUAUUUAAAUAAUAUAUGCUUAUGUUGAACUUAUUUUUGUAAAAACAGAGACUGUGAGCAGUACAUAAAGUACUGAAUGAAAAUGUCUCGGAAACAUCUGUAUUUUUGACAAAUAUUCCAUUUAUUUAACUUCAGCUGUGAUAAAGUAUGCAAAUGCAAUGCAAGCAUCACUAUGGGAAGCAAAAAACUGUCCGACUUCACGUCUCUGUUUAAGCUCCUCCAGACAUGCAUUCUGUCUCAAGUCAGAUAACAUUUCUAACCAGCAUGCACUGCUUCAAGUCAGUCAGCCACCGAUCGGUCUGUGCAGCACUGCAUGAAGUCAAGCAAGCAUAUUGUGUUAUUAUUGGGAGAUGAGAGGGUCUGUAUCUCUUACUAUUGGCAAAAGCGUAACGGCUAACUUGGAUCAUGUGAGGCACCUCAGCCUAUCGUGUUUCAGUGACAACAGUGUCAAAGUUUUAUGACAGUCGGUUACAGCUUAUGUUAAUCAGUUUCUUGUGGAUUAGUGCGUUGGUCUUGUGAAUAAAUGUUUAUAUUUGGUGUUUUAUCGCUAGUAAACAAACAGUAAGAUUGCAUUGUUUGUGAAAUGUGCUUUACUGCGGGAAAAAAGGCACGAAUAUCUCUAUUAGUUGCAAAUUACUAGUCACUGCAGUUUACUUUCAUUCAUUAAAAAGUGUUAUUUCAUCAUCAUUAGGCACACAGUAGUCUGAAACGUGUCUAGUGUAUCGGUCUGAUUUUCGGGGCGAGGACAUGAUCGGCUAGGAAUGUAUUUUCAAAUCCACAUUGAAUUUCGCUUCAUUGAUCAUGUGAUAUUUCUUUAAAAUGCAAUCGCAAGUUUCUUAAUUGUGAGAGUAAAUGCAAUUAAGUAAAGUAACAUUUAAAUGAUCGUUUUGCUACAGUUUUUGCUUGACCAUGUUAAACAUAUCUAAUCAUUUCUGUCAUUUUCUUUUUAAUUUUGCAACUUAUAAAACAUUAAAAUAUCUGUUUAAAUUGUAUGGUUAUGAAAUGGCAAAUGUCAAAUUCAAUUAGGCCAAUUGAAAAAUUUAGAUGUGAUCAAUCACUAGAAAAUGUUGAGUUGGAGUGGAUUUGUUUUAACACUGUAUAAUUAUAUAAUAUUGAAGGGGUUGUAUUCUGAAUCCACUGCUGCUUCAAUAUCUUUUGAGUGCCGCACACAUUUUGGUCUGUCUUGUUUGCUAUGCAAGGGUAAAUAAAGAACUGCUUGUUUUAAUAAAUACAGCAUUAUCUUUUAUAUCAUAGUAUUUUGGCUGAAUUACAUAAAAAAGUGAGUGCCCACAUAGUUACAAUAAACUUUAA